UAUUGCUUGUCCUAUUGGUCGGUUCGAUGAGUUCGCGAAUUUUGAAUUUAGAAAGUUAGCUUUUUAUUCCGGCACAAGUUAUGUUCGAGUCGGAUGCCACUUGCCAGUGGCCAGUCGUGUUUUGUGUGUCAGUGUUGGUAUACGUGCAAACCGCGAAGGUUUAUCGCGAGUGAACGAACUGUUUUCGCCUCAGCGCGUUCUUUUUUUUUUUUUGUAAUUUAAUCUGACCGAUAACGGGUGUGAGAAGAGAUGGCUGCCACUAAAUAUCUGCACCCGUUUCUCAACGGCUUGAAGCUCUUGCCUGAAGGACAUGAAGAUGAGGUUCAGCAGAUAAGAGAAUGGAUGAAGAGUCAACCCCACCUGCCGUAUAUAUCGGACGAAUACGUAUAUUUGUUUCUUCACUCAAACUAUUACAAAGUGAAAGAGACGAAGGACACAAUUGAAUGCUACUUCACACUUCGUGGCAACACCCCUGAUCUCUUCACGAACAGAGAUCCUUUGGCUCCCAAGAAUAGAGCUGUUAUGGAUAUUACACAAAUGGUAGCUCUCCCAAAUAAGACAACUGAAGGAUAUCAUGUUCUUCUGUACCGCCUUGCCGACUAUGAUUAUAGUAAGCUAAACUUCGCCGAUGCUGUUCGCGUCUUUUGCAUGUUCAAUGAUGUCAAACUCUCAGAGGAUAAGCUCUCUGAAGGAUACAUCGUCAUCUUUGACAUGAAGGGAUGUAGUCUCGGACAUUUGACCAGGGUGACCCUGCCGGCGUUGAGAGCUUUCAUGCACUACAUCCAGAAUGCUCAUCCGUGUCGUCUAAAGAAGAUCCACGUUGUUCACACGGUUUCCUUCAUCAACCAGGUCAUGUGUCUCGUCAAGCCACUCAUACACUCCAAUCUGUUGAACCUACUGAAUUUCUCUUCCGAAGGCCCCGAGUCAGUGGUCGAUAAGCAACUCCUACCCGAAGAAUUCGGUGGACCGAUCGUUCCUGUGAAACAGCUACACGACGAACAGAGGAAGAACAUGGAGGAGAACUACAGAGAUUGGCUAAUAGAAACGGAAAUAUUUAAAGCUGACGAGAAGAAGAGAAUAAAGAAACCAAGUAAAGGGAUGUUCGCAAGUUUCACGAGUAGCUUCAAAAGCUUAGAAAUAGAUUAAGUCGAAUAUGUUAAGAAAUCGCCUAAGGGACCUGACAAUUGUAUUUUUACUUUCCUUGUGGUUGUCGGAUGUACUAGUCUUUAGAUUGUAUUCCCACGGAUUUUCUAAUAUACUUAACUUACUGAUCAAAUUAAAUAUGUAUCUAUCGAUUUUCAUUUUGUUUCUGACUAAAAUUUGUUCGUAUUUUAAAUAACUAUUUAAUUUUGUAGAUUGGUCUAAGGGAUGGUGUUAUGCAAUAUUAUUAAUUUCUUUUCUUCAAUAACUUAUAAAACUUUUUCAAACUUUACGCAGAAUACAAAUAUGAACUUAAUUAAAAAUAUAUAUUUGAAUACCUACUUAUUGCAGCAAGCAGUAUCCGCAAAAAAGUCUUUCGAAAUAACUUUCUCUAAUUGGUUACGUCAUUUCAACUGGGGUAUGAAAAUUUUCAAGACCUUAUAGGUACCUCACGAACUAAUUAGCCAAUUAAAGUCCCUUUAGUAUACAAUUA